CGUCCCGCUGCGAUUUCCCCAUUCGCUGACGACAGACGCGCGUCGGUGACGUUACGGCGUCCGCUGUCCGGAAGUGCGCGGGGUGGCGACGACGGCGGCGACGACGGCGGCGGCGGCGGUGGGGCUGAUGUGUGGUUGGUGACUCUGACCCCCAGAUGCUGAGGUGCCUGAAUCCCUGGCGUGGGCCAUUACUGAGCUGUAGUUGGAGUAGGCUGUGCCUUUUCAAGCAGUAUCUAUUUACAAUGAAGCUGCAGUCUCCAGAAUUUCAGUCACUGUUCACAGAAGGAUUGAAGAGUCUGACAGAAUUAUUUGUCAAAGAAAAUCAUGAGUUAAGAAUAGCAGGAGGAGCAGUGAGGGAUUUAUUAAAUGGAGUCAAGCCUCAAGAUGUGGACUUUGCUACCACUGCGACCCCUGCUCAAAUGAAGGACAUGUUUCAGGCCGCGGGUAUUCGUAUGAUAAACAACAAAGGAGAAAAGCAUGGAACGAUUACUGCCAGGCUUCAUGAAGAAAAUUUUGAAAUUACUACACUGCGGAUUGAUGUUGUCACUGAUGGAAGACAUGCUGAGGUAGAAUUCACAACUGAUUGGCAAAAAGAUGCUGAACGCAGAGAUCUCACUAUAAAUUCCAUGUUUUUAGGUUUUGAUGGUACCUUAUUUGACUACUUCAGUGGUUAUGAAGAUUUAAAAAAUAAGAAAGUUAGAUUUGUUGGACAUGCUAAACAGAGGAUACAAGAAGAUUAUCUUCGAAUUUUAAGAUAUUUCCGGUUUUACGGGAGAAUUGUAGACAAACCUGGUGACCAUGAUCCUGAGACUUUGGAAGCAAUUGCAGAAAAUGCAAAAGGCUUGGCUGGAAUAUCAGGAGAGAGGAUUUGGGUUGAACUGAAAAAAAUUCUUAUUGGUAACCAUGUAAAUCAUUUGAUUCACCUCAUCUAUGACCUUGAUGUGGCUCCUUACAUAGGCUUACCUACUAAUGCAAGUUUGGAAGAAUUUAACAAAGUUAGUAAAAAUGUUGAUGGUUUUUCACCAAAGCCAAUGACUCUCUUGGCCUCAUUAUUCAAAGUACAGGAUGAUGUCACAAAACUGGAUUUGAGGUUGAAGAUUUCAAAAGAAGAGAAGAACCUUGGCAUAUUCAUAGUUAAAAACAGGAAAGAUUUAGUUAAAGCAACAGAUAGUUCAGAGCCACUGAAACCCUAUCAAGACUACAUUAUAGACGCUAGGGAAUCUGAUGCAACCACCCGCGUAUAUGAGCUCCUCAAGUACCAGGGAGAGCACGGUCUUCUGCAGCAGAUGCAGCAGUGGUGCGUUCCUCCGUUUCCUGUAAGUGGGCAUGACAUCAGAAAAGUGGGCAUUUCUUCAGGAAAAGAAAUCGGGGCUCUGCUGCAGCAGUUGCGAGAACAGUGGAAAAAAAGCGGCUACCAAAUGGAGAAAGAUGAACUCCUAAGUUACAUAAAGAAGAGUGAAAAUUGAUGAGAGCUGGCACUCAAUAGAAAAUUUGGGGUAAGGUUAGAUUUUCUUCUCUCCCUCUCAGUGAGAUUUAAGAGACUUGAAUAUGUAGGUGAAAGAAAGCCAGCUUAGACCAGCUUAGAGGACCUUUUCAGAUCAAUAGAGGUCUUCUGUGGUGAGUUUCAGGCAGUAAACUCAAGUCUACCUCCUCUUAAUCUCAUUUAUAUCCUUGAACCUUGUGAUUUUUUCGGAAUAACUCCUGCUGUGAUAGUACAGUUGGCUUCCCCUGUCUUCAUCUGUCUAGGCGUCCCCCUCCCCCACCCCAGGGUAACGCAUUACUGAUCUUAAAAAGUGCUGUCUUUAAGAAAGAAGUGUUUGAUGUUUGCAGUUGAAAUAACUACAUUAUUUUACCAUUGUCUUUAAGUGUCAACUCUUACUUGAAUUUCAAAAUAAAAUUGUGUUGAAAGUAGCUAAUAAAAUAUCCUGUAUAAAAUUAUAAAGACCAGGUAUGUCCCUGGUGGCUGGCAUUCAUACACCCAAAACUUGUUCUAGCAGUCUCUACGUUUUAGUAUGUAGUCCAUAUCGUCCUUUGUUAACAACGAUUUCUUUAUGCAUACUAGGCCUGAGAAAGACUGGCUUGACAGUUACACUUGAGCCUUUUAUUUUAAUAAACAUUCCCUUUGGAAUUGGAA